AUGAAAUUUAAAAUAUUAUCGAUAAUUGGUGUUGUAUUAUGUGGUUUCUAUGUUGUUACUGCAUCUCCAAUUGUACCAAAAGAGUUUUUUGAAUUGGAACCUAGACAUAAACCUGAACCAUAUAUUUUUGAUCCUUUACCUAAAUUAAAAGAGUGUUCGCCCACAACUCGUUAUUAUGAAUUCGAAUUAACAAAAAAAAAACUUUCUCCUGAUGGUUUCGAGCGCGUAGUAUGGAGUGUUAACAAGCAAUAUCCAGGUCCUCUCAUUAUAGCUAAUAAAGGUGAUCGUUUAGUAAUAAAAGUAAUCAAUAAUUUAGAAGAAGAAUCUACUAUUCAUUGGCACGGCAUCUUUCAACGUAAAACGAAUUGGUAUGAUGGAGUUCCUGGUCAAACUCAAUGCCCAAUUACAGAUGGAUGUUCCUUCAUCUAUAAUUACACUUUGGAUCAAUCUGGAACUUAUUGGUAUCAUUCGCAUUUCCUUGCUCAAUAUGUUGAUGGAUUAAUUGGUCCACUCAUUGUUUAUGAUCCAAAAGACCCUUAUCUAGGCAGUUAUGAUGAAGAAUAUGUGGUUACAAUAGGUGAUUGGUAUCAUAAUACUACUUCAGUACUUCUUCCUUUGAGAAUGGCUCCUGGCUAUAGAGGACCAAACCCUGUCCCUGAUGCUAUUCUUAUCAGUGGUGCAGGUCAAUAUAACUGUUCGUCACCAGCAGCAGGUAAAAAUUGUAAUUCUAAAGUCACCCCUGCCACCUACAAUGUUAAAAAAGGAAAGAAAUACAGAUUUCGUAUUAUCAACACUAGCGCCUACGCAUUCUUUUUCUUUACCAUUGAUAAUCAUCCACUCAAGAUUAUCGAAGUUGAAGGAACUCCUGUAAAAGAUACUGAUGCUGCCACAGUAAAGGUCUUGCCGAUUCAUAUUGCUCAACGUUACUCGGUUAUAGUGGACUGUAAUCAACCGAUUGCCAAUUAUUACAUCCGCGCUAUCAUUCCUGAUAUUUGUUUACCUAGAUCAAAUGACACUAUCAACUAUAAUUCUCCUAUCACCAAUGCUACUGGUAUUCUUCACUAUGAUGGUGCAGACAGUAAUAAACCCACAUCAACUGCAUAUCCAUUAAACCUCACACCUUGCGAAGAUCUCAAUGCUACUGCUAUACGACCAUACGAAGAUAAUCCUCCACCCACAAACGUUACUAAUGAAUUUAUAUUUAACAUCACAGUGUCCAGUGAUGCUAAAAAUGUUAGUGUCUUCAAUAUCAAUAAUUCAUCCUUUGUUCCUAUUUUCGAGAAUCCUUCGAAUCAAAGAAUAUUAAAACAUGAAAACUUUGCUGAUUUCGAAACAAGUCAAAAUUCAUAUGGAUAUGAUACCCCCAACGGGUGUGUUCAAAUUAUUCUUUUAAAUAGUUUGAAAACAGAUCAUCCAUUCCAUUUACACGGACACACCUUUUGGCUAAUUGCGUCAGGAUCAGGAAUAGAUCCCAAAAAUUUAUCUACAUUCAAUUUGAAAAAUCCAAUCAUUAGGGAUACUGCUACAGUACCUCCAGAGAGUCACUUAGUGAUAAGAUAUAUUGCAGAUAAUCCUGGUGUAUGGGCCUUCCAUUGUCAUAUUGAAUGGCACGUAGAAUUGGGUAUGGUUGCUCAAUUAAUCGAAAGGCCAACGGACUUCAGUAAAGAAACCCUUCCAGGUGAUGUUAAGGAAUUGUGUGUGAAAUACAAUAGUUCUAAGAAUAAAAAACGUUCAGCUACUUUACCUAGAAAUAUGAUGGGCAAGAAAUUGGAAAUAUUUAGGAAAGUAAAAUAA